AUGCCGGCCACCACGGGAAGAGCUGACCUCCCGCCGACAAAAACUAUAAUUGUCUACAGGAACGGAGACGCUUUCUUCCCCGGAAGGAAAAUAGUUGUGAACCCGCGGCAGGUGACGACCUUUGACCAUUUUUUGACCUCUCUGACCAGAGGGCUUGAGGCUCCGUUUGGCGCCGUGAGGAAGCUGUACACUCCCAGAGAGGGCCACAAGGUUCAUCAUUUAGACGACUUGAAACAUGGGAGUGUGUAUGUCGCAGCCGGAAACGAGCAGUUCAAAAAGCUGGAAUAUUGUGAGAUAGCAACCAAGAAGCCACAGAAUAAGAAAAGGGAACAGAUCCGACCUGUUGUUCACAGCAGAAUAGUAGUUUCUGCUCGCUGGGGAAGAACUACAGAUGAGUCCUGCACAAUAAAUGUCUUUACCAACGGAGAGGUCUUAGUUCCUCCAGUUCGAAUACGGAUCCCAAAGUAUACUCUCAGAAGCUGGGAAAAUGUUUUAGGCAUGGUGACAGAGAAAGUGCGACUUCGCACUGGUGCUGUUUACAGGCUUUGCACAUUAGAUGGACAUCCUGUCUGCGGUCCCGUUGAACUGGAGAACAACCAGCACUAUGUUGCAGUCGGUGCAGAAAAGUUUAAAGCUCUCCCGUAUGAGCAGUGCGUCCCCUGCAGGGAUAGAAUCAGGGAAAAUCACAUGUUGGAAGGCCACUACAUCCUGCCUGCUAUUAGAAAGACAAGACAUGCAAAGGAUGUGUUUGCUCGUACAGGCUUUAGAGAGGACCUUGAGCACACAGCCAGGGGCCAGAUGAAGAAACACACAGCCAAACUGGAGAGAACCAAACAACAGAGGCAGGUGUCCAGGAACCCAGUUCUCUUCACGACGGGGGAGGGCAGCGUGUUCAAUGCACAAAACAAAAGAAGUGAGAUGGCAGGAGCAGCGGAGGUGCAGGAAGACCGCCAGCUUAAGGUGGACCUGCCAAUUGAUCAGGUUGAGGCCAAGAUAGUUGACGAGGAGAACGAGGAUGGGAGUUGUUAUGCGAGUCCCUGCAAGGCCUCCCUCCAUGAUUCAGACAGCUCAUGUCUGCAGAGGUCUUUGUCUACAGGUUCCAGGAAGGAUGAGAGGGAGGUGUGUUCCACGUUACGCAGAAUGCGGUCACGGAUGUCCCAGUUUUUCAAGGUGGAUCCCGAUCUUACAGUGACAACACAGGGGCAAAGAACAUCGUCAAUAUGGCAUUCACAACUGCUGUUAUUUCCCCCAGGACUUGGAAUCACACAUUUGAAACAAUCCUCCAGGGACACAUUUAGACAACAGACCAAUCCAAACUGCUGGUAACUCACACCUCACUGUCUCACUGCUGCUUUUAACAGACUUUUAAAAGGGAAAAAGGAUAAAGAGAGAAAAAGGUAGAUAGAUCUAUGGACUCUAUUAGUUGUCACAAUCUGUGUUUAUUUGUAAAUGUUUUUUUGCACUGGAAAUAUGUAAAAAAACAAAAAAAACAAUGCAAGAACAAACACAUUGCAAUACAAUUUUAAUAAAAUACAAUAAUGUGUAUGUAUGUUCAAGACCUGAGGCUCAACAGAAAGGUCCUAAGUCUGUUUUUAUUGUUUCUGAGAGAUGCAAAUUCCUUUUUCACUACCCCACAGAAGUGAUCUUUACCUUAGAAAGACUCUACUGAAAAACGGGGUAAUACACUGCAGAGGUAUUUAGAGAAAAUGAUAAAUCCACAAAGGUGUCAUCAUCAUGGUGAUUCCAUUAAAGGUAUGAUUACUGUCCCAGAUGUCAGUGAUGAUGGAGGCAACAAGGAGGUGUGUUAUAUUAGUCCCCAACGCCUGACAACCAUAAUAUCUUUCCUCUUUUACAACCUAACUUUCUCUUACUCCACAAGGAGACAUUUUCACUCUGCUGCUUUGAUAUGCCUGGCUGCUUGGUAGCUGUUGUAGAAAAAAAACCUCCCACUGCACCGACAGGUGUCUGAUUUCUAUUCCCAUGGCAAACACACGCCACAGCUAGAUGCAGAUUGCCUGUGGAGAUCACCGAUUGUGCAAAAUAAUAGUGUAUCUGGAAAUACUGGCCCUGGGACAGUCUACAGGCCUUCAGAUGAAAUGUAUGUUUGAGAGGAAAUGAUACAACAGUGAGGGAGUGAUUGCCAUAAUGAUAGAUCCCUAACCAGACAUUUUUCAUAAAUCGAAAGAAGGCGUUUAGGCCUGAAAAGAAUCAAGAAUGGGUAUGUCAAAGUGUGAAACAAAUUUGGAGAAAAUGUUUUGGUACUAAAUUGCUGCAUCAUGGAUGCUUGGGAUGCUUGAAGGUAAUGGAGUUCACGUUCGGGUAGAAUCAGUCAAUCCAUGAAAGUUUGGAAAGACUUGUUGACAGACUUUGAUCAAGUUUUUCAUCUGGCUUGUCUUAAAUUAUUUUUUUGAUUGAUGGGUUUAUAUUUGACAUAAUGCACUGCUGAAGCAUGAAUAAAUGGAAUCAUUUUUACAUAUA